AAUUUCCACUCUUGGACGAAAAGAAAAGGAAGAAGGUUCUCUCAGUCCACCCUUUUCCGAUACUUCCCCUGGAUCCCAAUCCGGAGAGGGUAGGAAAAAAGGCGGGGUUCUGCCAUUCCAAACAAUUCCAGAAAGACUCCCAGGACUGGAUGAAUAAUUAAGAACAGUGUGCACUGAACAUCCAUACAAAGUAGAAGAGCCUUAAGCUGAAGGCACAGGAUACUUUUUACCCUGAAGGAGCUCGUGUGGACCAGGAAGCGCUGACAGCUCAAAUGGAUCCUGUGGAACUGAGAAGUGUCAACAUGGGACCUGACGACGAGAGCAGCAGUGGGGACAGCGCUCAGGAUAGCUACCCCGGGCUGGGGAGCCUCGAAAAGGCAGCCAUGAGCAGUCAAUUUGCUAAUGAAGAUGAUGAAAGUCAGAAAUUCCUGACAAAUGGAUUUUUGGGGAAAAAGAAGCUGGCAGAUUAUGAUGAUGAACAUCAUCCCGGAACCACCUCGUUUGGAAUGUCUUCAUUCAACCUGAGCAACGCCAUCAUGGGCAGCGGCAUCCUCGGCCUGUCCUACGCCAUGGCCAACACAGGGAUCAUACUUUUUAUAAUCAUGCUGCUUGCUGUGGCAAUAUUAUCACUCUAUUCAGUUCACCUCUUAUUAAAGACUUCGAAAGAAGGAGGGUCUCUAAUUUAUGAAAAAUUAGGUGAGAGGGCAUUUGGAUGGCCUGGAAAAAUCGGAGCUUUUACUUCCAUUACAAUGCAGAACAUUGGAGCAAUGUCAAGCUACCUCUUUAUCAUUAAAUACGAACUACCUGAAGUAAUCAGAGCAUUCAUGGGACUUGAAGAAAAUUCUGGAGAAUGGUACCUCGAUGGCAACUACCUCGUCAUAUUUGUGUCUGUUGGAAUCAUUCUUCCACUUUCCCUUCUUAAAAAUUUAGGUUACCUUGGCUAUACCAGUGGAUUUUCUCUUACCUGCAUGGUGUUUUUUGUCAGUGUGGUGAUUUACAAGAAAUUUCAAAUACCCUGCCCUCUGCCCAUUUUGGAUCACAAUGUUGGAAACCUGACAUUCAACAAUACACUUCCAAUGCACAUGGUAAUGUUGCCCAACAACUCCGAGAGUAAUGGUGUGAACUUCAUGAUGGAUUAUACCCACCAGGAUCCUACAGGGCUAGAUGAGAACCAGGCCAAGGGCUCUCUUCAUGGCAGUGGAGUCGAGUAUGAAGCACACAGUGACAAGUGUCAACCCAGAUACUUUGUCUUCAACUCCCGGACGGCCUAUGCAAUUCCUAUCCUAGCAUUUGCUUUUGUAUGCCACCCUGAGGUCCUUCCCAUCUACAGUGAACUGAAAGAUCGGUCUCGGAGGAAGAUGCAAACAGUGUCAAAUAUUUCCAUCACGGGGAUGCUCAUCAUGUACCUGCUUGCCGCCCUCUUUGGUUACCUAACCUUUUAUGGAGAAGUUGAAGAUGAAUUACUUCAUGCUUACAUCAAAGUGUAUACCUUCGACACCCCUCUCCUCAUGGUACGCCUGGCAGUCCUUGUGGCAGUAACGCUAACUGUGCCCAUCGUGCUGUUCCCAAUUCGUACAUCAGUGACCACACUGUUAUUUCCCAGAAGACCCUUCAGCUGGAUAAGACAUUUCCUGAUUGCAGCCAUACUUCUUGCACUUAAUAAUGUUUUGGUCAUCCUUGUGCCAACUAUAAAAUACAUUUUUGGAUUCAUAGGGGCUUCUUCGGCCACUAUGCUGAUUUUCAUUCUCCCAGCAGCUUUUUAUCUUAAACUUGUCAAGAAAGAACCUCUUCGGUCACCCCAAAAGAUCGGGGCUUUGAUUUUCCUUGUGGUUGGCAUCAUCUUCAUGAGUGGAAGCAUGGCACUCAUUAUAAUUGACUGGAUUUACAAUCCCCCAAAUUCCAAGCAUCACUAACCCCCCCAAAAAUACUUUCUUUUUCUACUGGACGUGGUUGCAAAUUAUGCUCCAAAGGACAUGUGAGUUAUUUUGCCCCAGUGAUUGGAAUGUUAUUCAUAAGAAAUAACAAGAAGAUUCGAAAGACGUUUACUAGCAACAUCACCAAGCACCUUCAGAAGAAGAAAUCAUCAUUUUUGUCAAGAAUGGCUGUUUAUGUGUUUAAAAUCUGUGGUGCACAUUUCUUCUACCCAGGUUUUGCAAGAGGAGAAUAAGAUGAUGUAUUUUUGCUGCUGUACAAGCAGAACGGGUAGCUGAGUAUCAUUGUCAUUGGAUAAUUCCCUCCCCCACCCCCUCCUUCUUCCCAAAGUACCAAAUACUUGUAUUCUCAGAACAUCAAACAAAAUGCCCUGGUGGCAAAAACCAACUAAUGCCUUUCCCUAAUCUUGCACCAAAUAUUCUGGGUCUAUUUAAUAAAAAAGGCAAAAGGCAUGUCUUAUGAACUGUCCCAGUAAGGCACAUGAAUGAUCAGACACCGGGCUAGAAUAUCUUCUCGUCAACAGUAAAAGAAUAUUUUGCCCAUUCUGUUUGUGACAUUGAAUUAGUGACUUCUUCAUUUAGAUAUUCUGGUAAAUGUUAAGAGAGGGGUUUUAUUUAAAUUAUAGAGCAACGACAAAAAUAAUUCUUAUAACUAAACCGCCUGUUCUGGAGGCAUUUGCUUUUUAAUGUUAUUCCCAGUCCUCUUGUCAUACUUUUAUCAUUGAACAAUGCUCUCCCUCUCGUCUUCCAUUCUCAUUCAGAAUUUUUAGAAGACCACAGUUCACGUGGUGGUACACUACCCAGUAUUGAUACAUUUUUAUUUGAUAAACAUUCAGUGCAGGAAACUGUGAUUGCUAUGUGUUUAUGUAUAUAGUCUUAUUCUGUCGUCAUCAGAAUUUUAGUGUAUGGUACAUUUGAUUUUUAUUUUUUACAUGUGUAGUUGUUCUCUCAUUACAGUCAAAACAUUUCUAUUACUUGGGGUGGGGGCAGGGAGUUAAGUUGAUGGACUCAAAAAAUCCAUUUGUAUGUAUCUGUCUAUUGAGGAUAUUUUAAAUUUGAAACCCAAGUUAUAUAUAGUUCAGUAAUGCUCUUCAAUGUUUACAAUAGCAUCAUAAUCAUCUGCAGGAAAAUAAGUUCUUAUUUGAAAGUAAUUGUUAAUACUAAUGUUCAUUUAAUUUAGCAUAUCUAAAAUAGCAUUUAGUUCAUUUCACCUUCUACAGGUGUUUGUUGACAUUCAUUUGCCAUUUAAUAUAAUGUCGAGUGGUUCUCCAUCAAAAUAAAAGUGCUAACACUACAAAGAGAAGCAAACUAUUGCUCACUUCUACAACAUAAAUGAAAUGGAGUUUGCUACUUUUUAUUUUCAAAUUAGUAGCAAGAACAUUUGUUAUGUAUUUUAUAUUUUAGUAAAGUCAAGUAUGAAAUAUAAGUGUCAUAUAAGUAUGAUAAUAUUAAAUCAUAUUUCAAUUGUUUUUCUGCAAUGUGUUUAAGAAAGUAUGUAUUUGUUUUAUAUAUUAUUUUCUAGGGGCGCAAUAUAUAAAAUGGUGCACUUUGUUAUGGAAAUUGAGCAUUACUAGAAACUAUCAUAACUUUUAAGUUACUAUUAUUGGAAAAAAUUUGCCAAAUAGCAUUUGAAGAUAUAUUUUCCUUCAUCUAAAGAGAUAGCAAGUGGAAAAGCUACUUUCUGAGUGUUAAAAAUGUUUAAUCUGAAUGUAUUUAAAUGUAAAUAUCAAAGAUUAAUCCAAAAAAUGGAAAACUGUAAAAUCUGUAUAUAUUUUGAAUACUUCAUGUUUGAAAUGACUAACUUGAAAAUAUCAACAUGUGUAAUUAUAUAAACAUUCAAGAGAAGUACAACAGUGCCGGGUAAUAAAGCACUAUUUCUCGUGGCCAUUUUCAGAGGAGUCCACAUAGACUGCAGGGCAGAUAUAUGUAUGUGCUUGUACUAGUUAAUUUAACCCCAUUUAUAAACAGAUGAAAAUUUUAUUUUCUUAUUUCAUUUGUAAGAUGGUUCAAUGCAUUGGGAGGCUUUUUUAUUACAGAAAGUGUAUAUUAGUAUAUAAU